UGAGUGACAGCGCGGGAGUGGCAGUAUAGUUUCGGACGUCGUGGCGCGUGGUUCGAGGUUAAAAAGUAGAUCGUUCGUUCGAUGAUAUACCACUUACGUGUGUUCGAUUUGAACGUGUUAUAUAUUCGCUCGAUCGACGACCAAUACACGUGUCCGUACAACGAAUAUCACGGUGAUUUACUUGCGAUCGGUUGUCGCGGUUUAUUGACUCGACUCCGUGGUCUCGGUGUGUUUGUUUUCCCGUGGAGAAGUGCAAUCAUCUGUGGAUUACCUCGAGCAGCUGCAACGGACAGAGGCGGGAAACUCUCCAUCCCCUCCCUCCGAUAAACAGCUUCUGAUUGGACGUGCACGCUCGUCGACGACGUACAGGGCAUCCCCAAUUUGAAUAAAAUUGCGAAGGGAAAGGAGGAAGAUCGGUGGAAAUAGAAGGAAAAGGUGGAGAGGAUUGGGAACGGGAGGAAGUGGCGAAGGAUGUAGUCGAGGGUUUCGGGGACGGAUGACGGAAUAGAAAAGAAGAAAAGGGGGAGAAGGGACGAAAGGAGGAUGGAGGCGAAAGAGGAGUCGUCCGGGUUGUGGAGGGUGACCGAGGGCUGAGAGGGGAAGAGAAGGGAGGGGGGGUGAAAAAAAAGAAGAGAGGAUGCACAAGCACACGAGCCAACUACGCGGUCCCGGAAGCGGACACCAUGUUGCUAACAGGGGUCCUGUCAGAAGAUGGAACAGCUUCCACGGCGGUGGAAGCGUCGGCGGAGGCGCGAGUAAUUUCAACGACACCGUCGGAAAUGGCAAUCUGCCCCCCGGUAUGAUCACCAAGGCUCCCCAGGAGCCGUUCAGGGCCGUGCCCAAGGCUGUCCAGGCCCUGAGGAGCGAGUCGGUCGACAGGAGCCAUCGAGCCCAGCCGCCUCCGCCCCCGGCCUUCCCCCGAAGACGGUUCUCCGUGUGCUUUGGCAAGCGGACGGGUGGCAGCGCCAGGAGACCCAACGAAUGCUUCGUCCUCGAGCCCUCCGAGAUGAUCGUGAUCGACUACCCGGAACUGCACGGAGGAAGGAUGCAUCGACCACCGCACCCUCAUCCCAUAACUGACCAUCGACAGGUCAAUUUGGUCUUCGAUGACACGUUUUCUCAAGGCCUGACAGGCAGGCCAGAGUUAUACCAAAAGUCCAACAGAAGCAGCCAUUCGAGUGACACAAGUUCAGCAUAUAGUGGUUCAGACACUAUGACAUCUGUACAAGGAUCAUUAGAUGCAGAUCCAGAUGCAGAUGAUGUUGAUCUAUCAGGACUUGUUGAAUCUAUAGUGGAUAGUGAUGAAGAAGAAGAUCUUGCAGAAAGCAUGGAUAGCUUGACUGUCCGUGAUCCUGUCAGAGAAUGUUUAGAAAAAGAUCCUAUGGAAAGGACAGAAGAUGAUAUAGAAACCCUCUUAGAAUUCACACAACAAUUAAAGGCCUUUACAAAUAUGACUUUGGCAGUAAGAAGAGCGCUGUGCGCUGUGAUGGUGUUUGCUGUAGUUGAACGUGCUGGUAUGAUAGUUUUGAAUGAUGGAGAAGAAUUAGAUAGUUGGAGUGUGCUUAUAAAUGGUGCUGUGGAAAUUGAGCAUAGCAAUGGAGAAAUUGAACAACUGCACCUUGGUGACAGUUUUGGAAUUUUGCCCACUAUGGAAAGACUUUUGCAUAGAGGUGUUAUGAGAACAAAAUGUGAUGACUGUCAGUUCGUAUGUGUUACUCAGGCAGAUUAUUUCAGAAUUCAACAUCAAGGAGAAGAAAAUACAAGGCGGCAUGAAGAAAAUGGGAGAGUAAUUCUAGUAACAGAGUUAAGAGGUGCUUUAGAUGGCGGAGCACGCAGGGGUCAUGUAGUUAUUCGCGGAACUCCUGAACGUUUAAUGUUACAACUUAUCGAAGAAAACAGUAUUACUGAUCCUACUUAUAUAGAAGAUUUCUUAUUAACCCAUCGAACAUUUAUUGAUAGUCCCUUGUUAGUUGCAAGUCAAUUGUUAGAAUGGUUUGAUCAAGCACAAGUCAGAGAUAGAGUUGCCCGUGUAGUACUUCUUUGGGUAAAUAAUCAUUUCACUGAUUUUGAAACUGAUCCAGCUAUGAUGGAAUUUCUGGAAGCAUUUGAAGCUGGAUUAGAAAGAGAAAAAAUGCAAGGACAACAAAGAUUAUUAAAUAUUGCGUGUGCAGCAAAAGCGAGAACGCGGAAUGUAACAUUAGCAAGACCAACUAGGGAUGAAGUCUUACAUUUUAGUAUUUUGGGGGGGUAUGAAAGGGGUUUCGGUAUUUUUAUUUCAAAAGUAGAUAAAAAGUCAAAGGCUGAAGAUGUUGGUUUGAAACGUGGUGAUCAAAUUUUAGAAGUAAAUGGACAAAGUUUUGAACACGUGAAUCAUGCCAGAGCUCUUGAAAUUUUAAGGGGAUCUACUCAUCUCAGUAUAACUGUUAAAUCAAAUUUACUUGCGUUUAAAGAAAUGCUUCAGAUGCCAGAUGAUUCGCCAAGACCGCGGGGAAGAGCAAACAAAUCCGAAAUUUCAAGAUUACAAUCAGAUCCACGUGCGAGGUUGUCUACGCAUGUGGAUACAGUAACUCCAGUAAAUCCAUUGAAUCCUUUGGUGGGUGGUGUACCAUUAUUAAUUCCUGAUUCUAACGUUUCUCCUUGUAAAGACGCUAAAAAGGAACAUAAAGGAUUCAUGACGCUUGGACCCAAAAAGAAAUUACAAAAAGCUCUCAUAAAAAUGAAUAUACUGCCAAAGAAUACUAUUAAUGAUGGUGUACAUGUAGAUGAUCCUCUUGCACCUCCUCAUACACCACCAGGAACAGGAGGACUUGCACAAACUACUAAUCUUUAUCACUCAAAAAGUAAUCCUGAUCUUACGUCAUUGUAUUGCUAUGAUGACUUAAGGGCACCUGAUUAUCCAGAACAUGUUCUAAAAGUUUAUAAAGCUGAUCAAACUUGUAAAUAUCUUCUUAUUCACAAAGAAACAACGGCACACGAGGUGGUAAUGCUUGCUCUUCAAGAAUUUGGUAUAACUGAAGGUAGUUCGAAUUUUUCUUUAGCUGAAGUUAGUGUUGGAGAAGGAGGUAUGAUCAAACAACGCAGGUUACCUGACCAAUUGCAAAAUCUUGCGGAACGAAUUGGUUUAAGUUCUCGAUAUUAUUUAAAAACUAAUGGUAUUUCGGAGACUUUUGUAGCAGACGAACAAGCGCCAGAACUCAUACGCGAAUCUCAGGUUCAUUUCUUACAAUUAAAUGCAGUUGAAGUUGCAAUUCAACUGACUCUACAAGAUUUCAGUAUAUUCAGGCAAAUUGAAUCUACGGAAUACGUGGAUGAUUUGUUCGAAUUAAAGAGUAGAUAUGGAGUGCCAAUGCUCAGGCAAUUUGCAGAACUAGUCAACAGAGAAAUGUUUUGGGUUGUGACAGAAGUUUGUUCUGAACACAAUCUCGUUCGACGUAGUAAAAUAAUAAAACAAUUUAUAAAAAUAGCAAGGCAGUGUAAAGAAUGUAAAAAUUUCAAUUCUAUGUUUGCAAUUGUAUCUGGUUUGGGUCAUGGAGCUGUAUCCAGAUUAAGAGCUUCUUGGGAAAAACUGCCAAGUAAAUAUCAAAGGCUAUUUAGUGAUCUUCAAGAAUUAAUGGAUCCUAGCCGUAAUAUGAGUAAAUAUCGACAAUUGGUAGCAUCUGAACAAACGCAACCUCCCAUAAUUCCAUUUUAUCCAGUAGUGAAGAAAGAUUUAACAUUUAUACAUCUUGGUAACGAUUCUAGAGUGGAAGGUUUGGUGAAUUUCGAAAAGCUGAGGAUGAUCGCAAAAGAAGUAAGAACAUUAACGAAUAUGUGUUCUUCGCCAUAUGAUUUAUCGAUAAUGUUAGAAAGAGGUGGCCAACCACCUAGUUCUGCAAUGGUUGCGUUAAAUCAAAUGACAACUGGCAAUCAAGUGUUACAAUGUCCAGGAGGACAGACAGCUACGGUGAAAAGACGAAAAAAAUCUACCGCUGCACCGAAUCCGAAAAAAAUGUUUGAAGAAGCACAGAUGGUUCGAAGAGUAAAAGCAUACCUUGCCAAUAUGAAAGUAAUAACUGACGAGGAGCGGUUACACGCUUUAUCUGUGGAAUGUGAACCUCACGCGGGAGCUGCCGCAGUAACUGCAGUACCUCUUAAUGCGAGCAGAGGGAGGAGACAUCCUUCUCCUACUCUAUCGACAACAAGCAGUGCCAGCAGCACUAGCGAAGGUAGAAAGAGUAUACAAGGUACAAAGUUCGGAGCAGCAUCGCCACAAGCAGUACGAAAAAUGUUGGCGCUUUCCGAUCCCCAUAAAACUCGUCCCUAUCAACCAAAACACUGUCCACCGCCGCUUCCAGUGCCGGGAUUGGCAUUACAUUCCAGCGGACUGGAGCCUAGUCCCGGUGCACCUAGGAGAGUAGGAUCUGGUAGCCGAGUUCCUAUGCAUGAGAGAUCCCAUAGCGAUACUCCUUCCAGUUUACCACCACCUGUCGAUCUCAGUGCUGAAAGUAGUAGCGUAACCAGCCUGAGCAAUCUUCAGCCAUUAAGAAAAACGUUGACCAGUGGUUCGGUGACGAGCAGUGACAGUGGUCACAGUACGCAACUGGACAGCCACAGCGGAAGCAGCGUAGAAGCUGGUGGUAGUCCACCGCCACCUCAAAGACGGCACUCCGCUAUGCAAGGGUCUGUUUUGAGAGGUGGUGCACCUCCGUUCCCUCACGCGGUAGCAGUGUUACCUCCGCUUCCUGCCAACCACAACCAGAACCACAACCACAAUCAUCAUCACCACCACCACCACCACCACCACCACCAUCACCACCAACAUUAUUACGAUCAUCACCAUCACCAACCCCAAAAUCCUCAAGACGACGAAGAAUCAGCCCAAGUAUCAGCAGUUUAAAAUGAUUCACGAGACAUGCGAGGACUCAUCCCUAUUCUUCUUUUCCCACGACCAAGAGGAACAUGUUCGUCGUGCCACGUGUUAGACGAUUCCCUUAUCAAAAGGAAUCAAAAACGAUUCUCGAGACGUGCAACCCUCUUUCAAUCGGGUUCUCGUACGAGGCAAAAACUGUACCGAGGAAUUCGCUCGAAGACCAACGGGGUGCACGCACGAAAUGCAAAAAUAAUCGACACACGCACAGUGCUUUCAUUGCCGGAGAGUUCUCGAUUCUCAGGCGGGAUUUAAAGGAACUCUUUUGGAGAAGAACGCGUUUCGAGGAAGAGGAAAGAAGCGCUCGUCUUCCAGAACUAAUAAUAAAGAAAAUGAGAAGAAGAAGAAGAAGAAGAAGAAGAAGAAAAAAGGGUGGAAACAGAGAAGAGAAGUUUAGAAUCUCGAGCUACGCCCGUUAGAAUUCUACGAGGGCACCAAACGAAUAAAAAAGAGUAUGUAAUAUCUUAUUCAAAGAAGGAAACUUUGAAGGAAAACAAAGACGAGAAAAGACAUACCGAUUAUAGAAUAUAAUAUUUGUAUCAGACUGGAUGAGAAAUGUUGGUCCGAUACAAAGGUGCCACGUCGAGUUUCACGUAGCGGCUACUCAGAGAGAGAAAGAGAGACUAGGCGCGAGAAAUUUACGGUCAUAAGUAAUAAUUCUCUAUAAAUGUGUAAUAAAUCGAGUCCAAAGAUGUUAUAUAUACCGCGUAAUCGUCGGAGGGAGUACGAAUGACAGCGUGUCCUGUAUUAUAUUACUUUUUAGGCUAACCCCCGAACGCCCAGAGUAGCUUAAGUAUACGUUUUUUGAUGUACAUAGCGUGUAGCGUUUAAAUGUAGUAUGUAAUAUGAGCAAGAGUGAUGUGUUG